CCCGGUACUGCUGUUCAUUUUUGCUACGUACUUUUGCAUAGUUUCGUAGUAGUAAAAGAAAUACAGCCGUUAUUGCGCUUUCAAACAGCAGAUCUUCGAAUACCCUGCACGAUGAAGCUACAUAUAUUUCUCUUACAGGCCGGGAUAGCCCAUGCGGCUCUACGAUUCGGAUGUUCGACCGUCUCUAUCCAGCGUUUGGACCCUCUGGUUGAGCCUGGAAACAUUCCUUCAGCUCACGUCCACCAAAUAGUGGGAGGCAAUGCCUUCAAUGCGACUAUGAAGGGAGACAUUGGGGAGCAGGGGACUUGCACAACAUGUGUCUACACAGAAGACUUCAGUAAUUAUUGGACCGCCGCCAUGUACUUCAGGCAUGAGAAUGGCUCCUAUAAGCGAGUUCCGCAAUACCCAAAUGCUCAAUUGGGCUACGAAGGUUCCGACGAUUCCGCCAUCAAGGGUGGCAUGACGAUUUACUACACGAACAAAGAUUUCAACUCCAAUGGAGACCAGUAUAUCACUGCCUUCCCACCUGGUUUCCGCAUGACUGUCGGUAGCCCCACAGUAGACAACGUCAACGGCUCCAAGCCAGGCCUCCGAUACACCUGCCUACAAACCAUCCUAACGCGAGGCUACGAGACCCCAGAUUUUCCAAAGGAACCAUGUCCCGCUGGCAUCAUGGCGAUCCACCACUUCCCAGCUUGCUGGGACGGAAAGAACGUGGAUAGCCCCGAUCAUCAAUCACACAUGUUCUCGACUGUUAAGGGUGGUUUCCGCGAAGCAGGCCCAUGCCCGGCAUCCCACCCCGUCCGGAUGCCGCAAGUAGCGUACGAGACGAUGUGGAAUACUACUGCGUUCAAGGAUAUGUGGCCGAAAGACGGAUCGCAGCCGUUCGUCUGGUCAUACAGCGAUAGCAAAGGAUACGGGACACACGCCGAUUAUCUGUUUGGGUGGAAGGGCGACUCGUUGCAACGUGCGCUGAAUGAUACUUGCAUGUUCCACGGAUGCGGUAGUCCUGGUAUGCAGGGUAUUCUGAAGACUCAGACCGUCGCGGAUAUGAAUGCGUGUGCUGUGGAGAACACGGUUGAGGAAGAUACGGAGGGAUGGCUUGAACAACUUCCAGGGCAGGGUAUGCCUAUGCGCAUCUCUGCGUAA